AGCGAGUGUUAUGGGCGCCACACGCAGCCCCAACACCGUUCAUUCUCAAGGAAAACGUGUUUUUGUCAACAUUACUGAAUACAGGGCAGCCAUGCUCUAGUGCAGCACUAGGGAGCCCCGCCGAGACAAGACCGUGUCUGGGGCGUGUGAGAGAAGGUGUUAACGAGUGCAUAUACGAGUGUGAGAGAGUAAUUAACGGUGAUAAUAAGUAACUGCCUGUUGGUCUCCCAGAGAUCAUACUCACCCGCAUUCUUUACCAGUAUCACUCCGCACUCUCUACAUACACAUCUAAUUAAACCCCCUUUGAUGCAUGUAAUGAAAAUAUUUGAUAAGUAAAUGGUAUUGAGGGUAUGUGAGGGGGAUGAAGUGAAUUUGUGGUGUGAGGAGAGAGAGAGGAAGAGGUAUUUUAGGGGGAACUGCUUGGCCGAGCGGAGGGUUAGAGGCGGGGGCGCGGCAUUGUUGUGUUGGGAAAGUGAAAAUGGAGGCGGCGGCGGGUCCUGGUCCCGCACCAUGUUGCUCCUCCUGCUGGCUCUGAGCACCUCCUGCCUGCCCCCGCCAUGAGCCCCGCCUCGCACUGACGCGUCUGCCACACUCGCUACCUGGGCCGCCUCGACCAGCCACCAUGGGCAACUGUUUCAGCAGCAGUCGGGGCCAGGGCAAGAAGGAGACUGUGUCUGACAGUCGGAGUAUCCCGCCGCCCAACAACCUCUUUCCCGAGCAGGUUCAGUCGCCACCGCUGACCGGCCCCACUAUCAGUGACCCUAGUGGUGCAACACGGGGUACCACAGACAAUCAGGCCCUUGGUGGCCGGCCUAUGAAUGGCCUAAACCCAACCUUACCCUCGCUACCAGACCCUGAGGGAACUGCUGCUACAUCGAAAAUAUUUGUGGCACUCUAUGACUAUGAUGCUAGAACUGAUGAGGACUUGAGUUUCCGCAAGGGUGAACAUUUAGAAAUUCUUAAUGAUACACAAGGGGAUUGGUGGUUUGCAAGAUCAAAAGCCACGAAACAGGAUGGGUACAUUCCCUCCAACUAUGUGGCUAAGCUAAAGAGUAUAGAAGCUGAACCAUGGUAUUUUGGGAAGAUCAAAAGAAUAGAGGCAGAGAAAAAGUUAUUGUUGCCUGAAAAUGAACAUGGCGCCUUCUUGAUACGUGAUUCUGAAAGCAGAAGAAAUGAUUAUUCAUUAUCUGUACGAGAUGGCGACACUGUUAAACAUUACCGGAUACGGCAGCUAGAUGAAGGAGGAUUCUUUAUUGCCCGGCGGACCACCUUCAGAACUUUGCAAGAACUUGUUGAACAUUACAGUAAAGAUGCAGAUGGUCUCUGUGUCAACCUCAGAAAGCCUUGUAUCCAGGCUAUUGAAAAGCCAGUGACUGCUGGACUCUCGCACAAUACUCGAGACCAAUGGGAGAUAGAUAGAUCAUCUCUGAAGUUUGUGCGCAAAUUAGGCCAUGGCCAAUUUGGGGAAGUGUGGGAAGGCCUCUGGAACAAUACCACACCAGUUGCUAUCAAGACACUUAAACCAGGUACGAUGGAUCCAAAGGACUUCCUUGCCGAGGCACAAAUAAUGAAGAAACUACGACAUCAGAAGCUGAUUCAGUUGUAUGCUGUGUGUACUCUUGAGGAACCCAUCUAUAUUAUAACUGAGCUUAUGAAGAAUGGAUCAUUACUAGAAUACCUCCAAGGUAAGGGAAGAGGCUUGAAGUUGAACAACCUUAUUGACAUGGCAGCUCAAAUUGCAGCAGGAAUGGCAUACUUAGAAUCACAAAACUAUAUCCAUCGUGACUUGGCUGCAAGAAAUGUCUUGGUAGGAGAUAACAAUAUAGUCAAGAUUGCCGACUUUGGCCUUGCACGGCUUAUUAAGGAGGAUGAAUACGAGGCGAGAGUUGGUGCCCGCUUCCCCAUAAAGUGGACUGCACCUGAGGCAGCCAACUACUCCAAGUUCUCCAUAAAGAGUGAUGUGUGGUCAUUUGGUAUCCUCCUUACUGAACUUAUCACUUAUGGACGAAUACCUUACCCAGGAAUGACCAAUGCAGAGGUGUUGCAUCAAGUUGAGCACGGAUAUCGUAUGCCUCCACCACCCGGCUGUCCUCCUGCACUCUAUGACAUAAUGGUUGAGUGUUGGCACAAGGAUCCUAUGAAGAGACCCACCUUUGAGACCCUUACAUGGAAAUUAGAAGAUUUCUUUACUCUAGAAGGUUCCGAGUACAAGGAGGCUGCGGUGGCCUACUGACCCUCGAUCAUCAAGCCCAGAUCAGGUGGCUGCGCUGAUAUGGAAUUGUAUCCGGCCUUUACCUAGUGUUACUUCUUCACCAUAUUGUUACCAAGGUCGUAUUGAUUCUCCUUGUAUCUUUGGCUACAAAAUGAAACUUGAACCCAAAUACAGUACUAUUUUCCUAUGGAUUAUUCCAGAAACAAGAAGAAUGACCUAAUAAUGCAGCUAAUGACAACCUGAUCUGGCACAAAAAUGCAAACUUGCCCAAAUGGCUUGGAGAUAAUUCAUAUUGUCUGUUUCAGGUAUUUAUUAUGGCAGCCAAUAAUAUUAGUGUAUACUAAAAAGGACAAAUGUGUAGGCCACAAGUUAUUUUGUUAUUAAAUGUGUGUGUUCUGUACAAGGUAUCCAGCCCUAAUGCAGCUUUGUGAAAAAAUUACAUAUGGUAUGUCAAAAUGAGGAUAAUCUGCGAGACUAUAAUCUACAUGUUUCCUAUUUUUUGGAAGUGUUUAGAUUAUUACAAACUAUUAGUCCCAGGAUGUGUGUUCCACUUUUAAGUGGCAGCAGCUGUAAUUUUUUAUUGUAAAAACCUGACAUUUAAGCUGUUGGAUAUUAAACUUCAACAUGUGGCCUAAGGUUUCACUGCCUGCUGCCUUUAAACCAA